GGGGGCGUCGCGGCCUCGUCACCACUUCCCCGGGCAGUAGGAAGCGGGAAGCGGCCGCUCCCGGCUCAGAGGGGCCGCGAUGGGGAACCUGCCGGGGGUCCUGCCCGGAGCCCCCCGAGCCUGCCCCGGCCUCGGCCUCUGCUCGCGCCCGCGCGGCCCCACGCCCGAGGACCCCCCCGGCCCCGCCGCCCCCGCCGCUGUCACCGAGCCCCCCAGCCCGGUGCCCUCUUCCCCGGCCGAGCCGCCCCGCUUCGCCCGCCUGAAGAACUGGGAGACCGGGAGCAUCAGCUACGACACGCUGUGUGCCACGGCGGGACAGGAGCUGCCCUGCUCGGGGCUGCGCUGCCUGGGCUCGCUGGUGCUGCCGCGGCCGCUGCCCGCGCCCACCCCCGAGGGGACGCGACCGCCCGAGGAGCUGCUGGAGCUGGCCCGGGACUUCAUCACCCAGUACUACGUGUCCCUGAGGCGGGAGAACUCCGCGGCGCACACGCAGCGGCUGCGGGAGGUGGCGGCGGACAUCGCGGCCUCGGGCUCGUACCGGCUGCGGGAGCCCGAGCUGACGUUCGGCGCCAAGCAGGCCUGGCGGAACGCGGCGCGCUGCGUGGGCCGCAUCCAGUGGAACAAGCUGCAGGUGUUCGAUGCCCGGGACUGCGCAGGGCUGCCGGAGAUGUUCAGCCUCCUCUGCUCGCACAUCCAGUUCGCCACCAACCGCGGCAACAUCCGGUCCGCCAUCACCAUCUUCCCCCCGCGGGCUCCGGGCCGCGGCGAUUUCCGCAUCUGGAACCCGCAGCUGAUCCGCUACGCGGGCUACCGGCAGCCCGACGGCUCCGUGAUGGGAGACCCUGCCAACGUGGACAUCACCGAGCUCUGCAUCCAACACGGCUGGACCCCCGGCGGGGGCCGCUUCGACGUGCUGCCGCUGCUGCUGCAGGGCCCCGACGAGUCCCCCGAGCUGUUCCCGCUGCCGCCGGAGCUGGUGCUCGAGGUGCCGCUGCACCACCCCACGCUGGAGUGGUUCUCGGAGCUGGGGCUGCGCUGGCACGCCCUGCCGGCCGUGGCCAACCUGCUGCUGGAGAUCGGGGGGCUCGAGUUCCCCGCGGCGCCCUUCAACGGCUGGUACAUGGGCACCGAGAUCGGCUCCCGCAACCUCUGCGACCGCCACCGCUACGACGUGCUGCCCGAGGUGGCCCAGCGCAUGGGGCUGGACACGGGGACCAGCUCGUCCCUCUGGAAGGACCGGGCGGCUGUGGAGGUGAACGUGGCCGUGCUGCACAGCUUCCAGGUGGCCCAGGUGACCAUCGUGGACCACCACGCGGCCACCGAGUCGUUCAUGAAGCACCUGGCGGCCGAGGGGCGGGCGCGGGGCGGGUGUCCCGCGGACUGGGCCUGGAUCGUGCCGCCCCUCUCGGGCAGCCUCACCCCCGUGUUCCACCAGGAGAUGGUCAACUACCAGCUGAGCCCCGCCUUCCGCUACCAGCCCGACGCCUGGAAGGUUUACGUGUCCAAGGGCACCACUGUCACCCGGAGGAAGACCUUCAAGGAGGUGGCCAACGCCGUGAAGAUCUCGGCCAAGCUGAUGGGGCAGGUGAUGGCGCGGCGCGUCAAGGCCACCAUCCUGUACGGCACCGAGACCGGCAAGUCGCGCACCUACGCCUGGAACCUGUGCCAGCUCUUCCGCCGCGCCUUCGACCCCAAGGUGCUGUGCAUGGAUGAGUAUGACGUGGUGGCCCUGGAGCACGAGAGCCUGGUCUUGGUGGUCACCAGCACGUUUGGGAAUGGGGACCCUCCAGAGUGUGCUGAGAGCUUCUCCAAGGCGCUGAUGGAGAUGACAUCACCCUACACUGGCACCUCCCAGGCAGAGCCGCCCAUGAGCUACAAGCUGCGCUUCAACAGCGUCUCCCAGUCCGACCAGCUCGUGUCCUCCUGGAAGAAGAAGCGGCGGCAGCUGAGCAACACAGACAGUGCAGGACACUUGGGAGCCCUGCGGUUCGCGGUGUUCGGGCUGGGCUCCCGGGCGUACCCCCACUUCUGCGCGUUCGCGCGGGCCGUGGACACGCGGCUGGAGGAGCUGGGCGGGGAGCGGCUGCUGCCCCUGGGCGAGGGCGACGAGCUGUGCGCGCAGGAGGAGUCGUUCCGCACCUGGGCCCGCCAGGUGUUCCAGGCUGCCUGCGAGACGUUCUGCGUGGGGGACGGGGCGGGGGGCGCCGAGGAGCUCUUCGCCCCCCCCCAGGGCUGGAAGCGCCAGAGGCACCGGCUGGUGCCGCAGCCCCAGGCCACCGAGACCCUGGCCGGGCUGUCCCAGCUGCACAAGCGCCAGGUGUUCCCCUGCUCGGUGCUGUCCGUGGAGAACCUGCAGAGUGAGGAGUCCAGCCGGCAGACGCUGCUGGUGCGGGUGGGCUGCGCGGAGCAGGCGGGGCUGCCGCACCUGCCCGGGGACCACCUGGGCGUGUUCCCCGCCAACCGCGAGGAGCUGGUGCGGGCCGUGCUGGACAGGGUGGAGGAUGCGCCGGGCCCCGAGCAGCCCCUGGGCCUGGAGAGCCGCGACGGGGACCCCGCCGGCGGGUCCAGCCCCGGGCCCCGCUGGGUGCUGCAGCCCCGGCUGCCCCCCUGCACCCUGGCCCAGGCUCUCACCUUCUACCUGGACGUGGCGGCGCCCCCGACGCCCCAGUUCCUGCAGCUCCUGGGCUCGCUGGCGCGGGACCCCGCCGAGCGAGAGCGGCUGCAGCGCCUGGCGCAGGACGCUCGGCUGUACGAGGAGUGGAAGUGGUUCCGGUGCCCGACGCUGCCCGAGGUGCUGGCCGAGUUCCCGUCCGUGGCUCUGCCCGCCGCGCUGCUGCUCUCCCAGCUCCCGCUGCUCCAGCCCCGCUACUACUCCAUCAGCUCCGCGCCCGGCGCCCACCCGGGCGAGAUCCACCUCACCGUGGCCGUGGUCACCUACCACAGCGAGAACGGGCAGGGUCCGCUCCACUACGGCGUCUGCUCCACGUGGCUGGCGCGGCUGCAGCCGGGGGACACCGUGCCAGCCUUCAUCCGGGGAGCCCCCUCGUUCCGGCUGCCGCCCGCCCCCGACACCCCCUGCAUCCUCGUGGGGCCCGGCACCGGCGUGGCGCCCUUCCGCAGCUUCUGGCAGCACCGGCUGCAGCUCCUGCGCAACGGAGGUGGCCCCCUGGGCCCCAUGGUGCUGGUGUUCGGGUGCCGCUCCUCCGCCCUGGACCACAUCUACCGCGAGGAGAUGGAGGAGGCGCGGCAGCAGGGCGCGCUUAGCCAGGUGCUCACCGCCUUCUCCCGAGAGCCCGGCUGCCCCAAGACGUACGUGCAGGACGUGCUGCGGGCACAGCUGGCGGCCGAGGUGCACCAGGUGCUCUGCCAGCGCGGGGGCCACAUGUACGUGUGCGGGGAUGUCACCAUGGCCACCGAGGUGCUGCAGACCGUGCAGCACAUCCUGGCCCAGGAGGGCCACAUGUCGCUGGGCCAGGCGGGGGACGUCAUCAGCGAGCUGAGGGACAAGAACCGCUACCACGAGGACAUCUUCGGGCUGACGUUCCGCACGCAGGAGGUGGCCCUGCGCAUCCGCAGCCAGUCCUUCUCCCUGCAGGAGCGGCGCCCGCCGGGGCCCGGCCCCUGAGACACGGGGACACGGGGACACGGGGCCCUGCGGCCGGGCCCCCGCCCGCCACCCCCAGUAAAGGUUUAGUUUUGAUACCCCCGGCCCGACACUUCGGCUCCUGCGGUGGCACCGGGGGCAGGGGA